CUGCUUUCUGCCCUAGCAGAGAGAAGAAGGGAGGAGGCCUCAUUGUAACUCUGGCCCUGGCCCGGUUCCCACCGACUCUUUCCUCAGAUGUCCACUGUUUUUUGUCUCUUCCCUGUUCCCCUCCACCCGGCUUGAGCCAGUGGAGUACCAGAGGGAUCAGACAGCCACAACCCAGGCAAUGUCUUACUACCUCAACUCAGACAAGCACCUGGACCCAGGGCCCAUCUAUGUGCGAGAGAACGGGCAGCUGCACAUGGUCAGUCUGGCUCGCGGCGGCAUCAGGAGCAGCCUGAAGAGGCCAAGUCCUUUCAGACUGUUCCCCAAAGGCUUUUCUGUGGAGCUUUGCAUGAACAGGGAAGAUGACACUGCGCAGAAAGAAAAGACCGAUCAUUUCAUCUUCACGUACACCAGGGAGGGGAAUCUUCGGUACUCUGCCAAAUCCCUCUUCAGCCUUGUCCUGGGCUUCAUCUCUGACAAUGUGGAUCACAUUGAUUCCCUCAUUGGCUUUCCUGAGCAGAUUGCUGAAAAGCUGUUCUCUGCUGCUGAAGCCAGACAGAAAUUCACACAGCCAGGUGCAGGGCUGCGGGCUUUACAGAAGUUCACAGAGGCCUACGGGAAUCUGGUGCUCUGUUCCCUGUGCUUGCGGAACAGAUAUCUGGUGAUUUCAGAAAAGCUUGAGGAGAUUAAGUCUUUCCGGGAGCUGACCUGCCUGGAUCUUUCCUGUUGUAAACUUGGAGAUGAGCAUGAACUCCUACAACAUCUCUCCAGCGAGGCCCUGUCCAGUAUAACUCAGCUCCACCUGAAGGAUAAUUGUUUAUCUGAUGCUGGGGUGCGGAAAAUGACAGCACCAGUUCGUGUGAUGAAAAGAGGCCUUGAGAACCUAACAUUGUUAGACUUGUCUUGUAACCCUGACAUCACAGAUGCAGGAGUUGGAUACCUCUUUUCUUUUAGAAAACUAAACCGUUUAGAUAUCUCUGGAACAGGGCUCAAGGAUAUCAAAACUGUCAAGCACAAACUUCAGACUUACAUAGGCCUUGUUCAUUCCAAAGUGCCUUUGAAGGAAUUUGAUCAUGGUAACUGCAAGACAGAGGGCUGGGCUGACCAGGUGGUCCUGCAGUGGGAUCGAUUGAUUGUGGAAGCCUUGAAGCCAUCAAGUGUCCGUGAACCUCAAAAGACAGCUCAGUACUUCUAUCAGAAUCGAGCUCUAGUGGAAGCCUCGAGGAUAUGCGCACUGGCAGACACCCACAUGAACUCUUCUGGAAAACUCCAGUUCUACAAGGAGAAAGCCCUGGACUGCCAUGGGCCACUGUUGAAACAUGAAGCUUCCUCCAACCAAGAGUCAAAGAAGAGCAAGAAGAGAACUUUUGAGGAGUCAGAGCAGGAAGAGAAUAAUUCUUCACAAGCUUCCAAGCAGAAAUAUGUGUGUCUUGCUGUGGAAGACUGGGACUUGUUAAAUUCUUACUGACCGGCAGAUUUACCUUCAACUGUAGUGUGUGAAGAAAGGGGACUGAUAAUUACGUUUUGUUUGAAUUUACCUGUGAUAUUAGCAUAGCAAGCAGAUAUUUCUACUUUUGGGGUGGGGAGGGGAAUACUAUGGAAGUAUAUAAUAAUUUCUAAUGUAUAUUUUCAAUACACAGUAAUUUUUUCAAAUAAACCUUUUUGCUGUCCUUAAGUUCUGCUUGUGGAUGAUAGACUAGAACCACAGAAAAUGAGAUGGACAACCAUGUGAACUAACAGGGCAGCUUGCAGGAUUCGUUACUACUGCACUUUGAGCCAGCUAAUAGAAAAUACACAGUGGUACCUCUAUUUCCGAACUUAAUUUGUUUUAUGAUUUUUGUAGAAGAGGCUGCAUUUGUGUUUGCGUGGGGAAGAUGGCUGUGGUCGUAUUUGUCACCAAUGCAGAGUUUGUGAACCGAAGCAGAAUUUUGCCAAACACUUUUGUUUGAAUUGUUUGCCAACAGAAGCAUUUGUGAACUGAGGUAUUUCUGUAUAUGAAUGAAGCUACCAUUUAUUGAAUGCCUGCUCUCUGCCAUAUCCCAUCUUGAAGAUGGGAGCUAGCCCCAACUUAGAGUUAAGACAAGUCAUUUAACCUCAAGUGACAUAAGGUCACAGAGCUUUUAAGUGACAUUCAAAUGUAUACUCCUUUCCAGCUGACUCUAAAGCCCAUUCUUUUACAUUGUGUUCUUAAAUAGCAAGUACCGUUUAUUAAGAUCCCAGCCAUUGAGGCUUUGCAGGCCACAAGAUUUCAGCUGCAGCUCCUCAGCUCUGAUCUUGUAGCACAGAGGCAGCGGGGCACACUAAAUAAAUGAGUGGGGCUAUCUUUGAAUAAAAGUAAAUUUACAAAAACAGAUGGCUGGUGAGUUAGCUGAUGGGGCAUAGUUUGCUGGCUUCUGCCUGAGACCCUGUUUCUCCAGCUUCAUUUGAAAUGCAGAUUCAGAUUCAGAUCUGGAGAGGGCUUAAGAUUCUUUAACACAAGUGCUUUUUUCUACCUGGAUGUUGGCCUUUUGAUCUCUUAGAAGAUAGUCAAAAUACUAGUGUAUGUUUACACUAAAUACAUAGAUACUGUCUGAAAAAAAGAUUCUUUAACACCCAUCUAAUGCUUCUACUUUUGGGCCACACUGAAAAGCAAGGCUUUUGUAGACGUCUGCUGUCCAACUCAGUAGUCCCUAGAUAACACUGAAUGUCAAAUAUCAAAGGUUUAGUGCCCAAAAAUAUGAAUGGAGAAGAAUGGUGAAUGCCUUCAUUUUCAAGUACUGAUUACCUGUAAAAACAGAAAUUAAAACUACUUC